AGAAGAGGAAGAGUUUUUCCUUUUUAUUAAUUAUUAUUUUUCCUUAAUUUCUUAAUCUAUUUUUCAAGAGAAAUUUCAAGUUCUUUUUUUUUUGUGGGGGCGGGGGUUAAGAUUCUAGCAUAUCUACUUUUUCAAUGGACUCUAUAAUAUGAAUAUUACUAAAACGUUACACCAAUAGUACGUAACUAAAUUAUGUGCAAUCAAAAUAAAAUAUGCGAAAACACUAAAGUUGAAGUUACUGGUAAAAAGAUGUUGGUGCAAUUAAUUGAAGUUUUCCUAACAAACUGUGCAAAUAGUUUUAAACAUUUAAAUCCAAGGGUUUUAUCAACAUAAAGUCGCGCCUCUUAAAAACUCGGCAAAAUCAAUCCUCACACUAUGAUGCUACAAAUUCCCUAAUAAUAAUUUCCACAUAACCUUCUAAGAACAGGAGUAAUUCUUGAAUUGAGUUUUGAAAUAAGCAGUUGUGGAUGGAGAAUUUGAAAUCAGGAGUAACAGAUGCUAAAAUUUCCCCUAAUUGCUUAAUGCCAAAGUUUAAAAAAACAAAGAUAGCCCCAAUACGCAGCUUUCCAGAGGGUCUUAUUCAAUUUGAUACAAGUACCUUACGAAAAACACAAGGAGAAAAGUUAGUAUAUGGUGAAAAGAAUGAUAUAUCGCGUGGUGAUCGAGCUAUGAAGGUUGAGGCAGUUGUUGCCUUUGAACAAAAGGAUGGUGAACAAAUUGCACAGAUAGAAACUAUUGAUGAGUUGGGAAACACUGAGCAUAUAGACAUGAUGAACGUUGUGGAUACGCUUAAACGGAAAGCUCAGGUGGAUAGUGGAGAUUGUCUUGACGUGUUAUAUGAGUUAAAAAUGAGAGAACGUGAUAUGAUUAAGCCCAAGAGGCGUAAGGUUUCCUCACUUCGUGAUUUUCCAAAGGAUCUUAAGAGUUAUGAUGUCCCUGUUGAUCAAAAAUCUAAAGAGGAUUGUGUUAAGGAAACAAAUGAUGUAUCUGACGAACUUCUGAAGGUUGAUUCUAUGUCUCGAGGAGAUUUAGUGGAUCCCGUGGUAGAUGCAUUGUCACGUGAAGAUGAAUUUGAGAAACAAGAGGCUGUGGAGACUGUCGAUCUCGAGGCAGUAUUACAAUCUGAUGUAGAUUUGGCGUUGCAUGGUGAAGCUCGCAAGGAUGAAGAAACCAUUAGCAAGUUUGAAUGUGGAGAGCAUGAUAAUGAAAAUGUUUCACUUGUAGAGACUGCAUCAGAAGACGCUGAAAAUGUUCAGUUGCUGAACGAGCUAUGUACUUCGGUGGUGUACCCUUUUCGGUUUCCAAAAAGGCGUAAAGUGUCCGCGGUUCGUGAUUUUCCAGAUGCAUUAAAGAUCUUGAAAGCACAUAAUGAGGCAUCAGAGAAAAACCUGAAUCAGAGAGCAGCUCACAAAUUGGCUGGGAAAAACGAAACAACAUGUGAUUCUCAUGAAAGUUCAGCUCCUACUGAAAAAAGCUUAUCUCGCAAUUCAAGGACAUUACUCACUCCUCCUAAGGAAGACACCAUAAAUUUUGAUGAACAAGAAGUGCAAAUUGUGGAGCUAAUUCUACAGAAGUUACUAACUCUAAUAAGCGGAUUGGAGGAAAGGAAGUAGGAUUAAAAUGCAUAAACAAAAGUAUUGUCGACGAUUCAAUGGCUACACCAAGAUGUCCCAACAUGCCAAGCCAGUGUUACCAAUCAGACACUAAAACUAAUCAAGACAAAGGCAAAGGCAAAGGCAAAGGCGAAGUUCUAAAGAGAAAACAGAAUGAAGGAUCAGCGCCAAUAACUGUUGUUCUGGCAUUGAUGGCUCCUACUAAACGUCCACGCUGACCUAAGCAGAGUAAUUCUACAGCAAAAGCUACAGCAAAUAAUGUUUAAUCUUGGCACAGCUUUCUGAUGGAACAGAAGUGGUAAAACAGCUAAAGGGAGAUCAUCAGUAUCAUACAUGACAUACUUUGACAAAGUAUAAAACCUUUGUCCACCAACAAAUAAGACAUGAUUAUUUAAAUAAUAUCUAGUUCUAUCUUUGUAUAUUGUGAAUUUGCGAUGUUUUUGCUAUGGAAAAAGUACCUGAGA